AACACUUUACUUAAGUGCACCAGCCUCUCCUCACUAAACUCUCACCCAUCACUUAUUCCCCUCCACUUCAUCAAUCUUUAUUUACUUCCUCGUAUACCUCACAAUGUUCCGCCAGGCCAUUGCCACCUCGUCCCGCGCUCUGCGGGCUGCUCCCAAGGUCGCCGUCCCCCGACCCUUCGUCCAGUCGCAAUUCCAGGCUGCGCCUGCUUUUACUCUCAGAUCCGCCCAGCCCGCCGUCUCAAGAUGGUACAGCGACGCCAAGGAGUCCGAGUCCAAGCCUGUUGAGGAGGCCAAGUCGGAAACCAAGUCUGACGAGAAGCCCGCCGAGAAUGAUCCCCUCGCUGAGCUCAAGAAGUCUCUCGAGGCCAAGGAGACCGAGGUCAAGGACUGGAAGGACAAGUGCCUGCGCACCGUCGCCGACUUCCGCAACCUGCAAGAGCGCACCACCCGUGAGGUCAAAUCCGCCAAAGAUUUCGCCAUCCAAAAGUUCGCCAAGGACCUCGUCGACAGCGUUGACAACCUCGACCGAGCUCUUGGAAUGGUUCCCCAGGAGAAGCUCAAGGUCAAGGACCGACCUGAGGGCAUCGAGGAUCUCGCCAACCUGUACGAGGGUCUCAAGAUGACCGAGGACAUCCUCAUGAACACCCUUAAGAAGCACGGCCUCGAGCGUCUCAGCCCCGAGGGCGAGAAGUUCAACCCCAACGAGCAGGAGGCUACUUUCAUGACUCCUCAGCCUGACAAGGAGGACGGUACUGUCUUCUUCGUUCAACAGAAGGGCUUCAAGCUCAACGGCCGAGUGCUGCGCGCCGCCAAGGUCGGCGUUGUCAAGAACAAAUAAACACACACCUCUUUACUCUCUCUAAUACGGGAGGUGGUGUGUUGGACACAUCAUCUCUACACAAAUUCGCAUCUCGCGUGUACUAUUAAACCUGGUUAUCGGUUGGCGUUGGCUCGAUGUAUAAUGCUCCCCUCAUGAUGGUCAUUUUUCAACUUGUAUGAUGGUUACAGGUGCUUGGAAAGGAGGAAAAAGGUUUCAAGAGAGUUGGGACAUUUGUACAUAAAAAUAAACACGUACAUGUAUAACAGUGGAAAAGCGGAAGAUCUGGAGGCAAUGGAAGGGGACUUUAUAUUCCGAAGAAGACAAGGUAGAAAUGAAUACCUAU